AUGUGGAGGGCGAGGAGGGUGAGGUGUCGGAUUGUCAACACGAGAGAGGCAUGCGAAGAUGAGCUCGAGCAGCAGAAAGAAAUGACCGAGACAUGUGAGCAGGAAAAGAGCGACCUGCAGGCUGAAAGAGAUACCUGCCAGUCUGAUGAGGCCACCUGUGCAGCUGAGAAUGACACCUUGAUGGAAGAACAUCAGAAAUGCAAGCUCGAGAAAUCCAGCUGCGAUUCCCUGAAGACUACCUGCGAGAUAGGCAAGAUGGUCUGCGAAUCCGGUCUUCGAAGUUGUGAGGGCGAUAAGGGGGUCUGUGAGGACAGCCUCAAGACCUGCAAUACUGCCCUUGUGGCGGCUAAAAAGCAGAUUCCGGCUACGCUUUCUUCUAUCUGUACGAAUAUUCAUCCUCGAAGUGUCUUGAACGAGAAAUCCACUGCUAACCUCGAUGAAUGA